ACUCUUUAUUCACUUCCGCCUUCGAUCACUAUCAGGUUGUCAUCGGCAUCAACUGUAAAUAUGUCUCACCAGACAGGAAUAUCAGCUUCUAAGGAUUUACAAGAUUUUUUCGGAACAGCCAAAGAUGGAAAAAUUCGCUGUAUUCAGGUUAAAAUAGAAAAAGAUCCAGUCUCCAAUGAAGAAAGCUUGGAACUUGGAGGAAGUAAAAAUGCUUUAAAUUCCUGGGAAGAUGAUUACGACUCUAUGGUGGUUCCCUAUCUGGAAGACAAACAACCCUGCUAUAUACUGUUUCGCCUCGACUCCACAAAUGCCCAGGGUUAUGAAUGGAUCUUCAUCUGUUGGUCCCCUGACUUUUCUGAGGUUCGAGACAAGAUGUUGUAUGCCGCGACACGAUCCACACUGAAACAGAACUUCGGGGGUGGCCAGAUCAAGGAGGAGUUAUUUGGAACUGUCGAGGCUGACUGUACCUUGUCUGGAUACAAAGUGCACAUGCUGGCCCAAAGUGCUCCCGCCCCCCUCACCAUGGCGGAAGAGGAACUACAGGAAAUCAAGAGGUCUGAGAUUAAGACGGCCGGCGUGGAUACCAAACACCAGACAUUGCAGGGCGUGGCCUUCCCUGUCACAGAUGAGGCAUUACAGAAAGUACAGGAGUUCACAGAGGGCCUCUACACCUAUAUCCAGCUGAGCUUGGACCUGACUGAGGAAAAGGUCAUCCUGGAGAAGGCAGUGAAUAUUCCUACCAGUGCCUUGUCAGAGCAGGUUCCUAUGGACCACGCUCGCUACCAUCUCUUUAACUUCAAACACACACACGAGGGGGACUACACAGAGAGUUAUGUUUUUAUAUACUCCAUGCCGGGUUACAAGUGUUCUAUCAAGGAGCGUAUGCUCUACUCCAGCUGUAAGUCUCCACUACUUGCGGUACUAGAGAGCCAUAUGCAAGUAGAGUUUGCCAAAAAGAUGGAAGUGGAUGACCCUAAAGAACUCGCUGAAAAAAAUCUUUAUGAAGAAGUACACCCAAUUAAAAAUAUUGUAAAGAGUGCCUUUGCCCGGCCCAAAGGCCCAUCAAGUCGGGGACCUAAGAGAAUGACGAGGAACAAAGAUGAACAAGAAGCUAGCUAAUUACAUAUUGUCCAUUUUAACAUAUCUUAAAUUGUAUUAUAUGGUUGCCAAUGUUUAAUUGUUAUAAGGACAAUUAUUGUUGGUGUUUUAAUAUUUAUAUCAACAAGUUCACUUUAUGUAAGAACAAGUCCCUCCUUUAAUGUUUAAUAUGCAAAUCAACCUUUGCUCAUUAUAAAUUUUAUUUGGUGGCUGUCCAUUUGGGCAAAUCGUGUGGAAUCAUGGCAUUGUUUUGCUUAAUAUGAAUACUAGGCCCCUUUCAUGUGUUCGGUUCAACCGGUUCUUCUGUUUUUUAUGUAACAUUUUUCGGGUAUAAAUCCUGGCGGACCUGCAAAUGUUUAUGCAGGCCUUGAAAGGCUUUGUAAAGGCUCGCCUGAAAACAGCAUCAGAUUACUAGGUCCGCCUUAUUUCAUAAACGAACAACUUUGGUCCAACCACUUCAACCGGUUGGAUCGUGAUUAACAUAAUUUUCCCCUAGGUACCCUGUUGAUUUUUUGGAAUAUUAUAAACGCAUUAGAGCUAUGGGAGAGUUUGUGAAUUUCAAAAUAUUUUAGUCUGCUGGCCGGAGAUGUUUUAUGGUGUCCUAGGGUUCUUUAAAGACCUUAUUUUGAUGCUAAAUAUUAUGGCAUGAUAACAGAGAUAUCUAAGCCAGUUGCCAUUAAAAAAAACAAUUCAGGUUAAGGAUAAAUGUUACCAUGCUCCAUGGCAUUUUACAGAAAAUUUUGUUAGGAGGCUUAAGUAUAAUAUUUUUACAGAAUGAGUUCCAGUUAUAGCAAACGAGUCCUAUGGCCUGUUCGUUCAUGCGAAACAAUCAGUUCGUCUGUUUUUGAAUGCAACAUUUCGGGUAUAAAUCCUGGCGGACCUACUAAACUUUAUGCAGGCCUUGCCUGAAAGCAGCAUCAGAUUACUAAAUCCGAUCUUAUUUCAUAAAUGAAUAACUCUGGUCCAACCGGGUCAACCGAAGCGGCCCAGGACUUGCAGAAAUCACUGACCAUGUGACUGAAUUGCAGGAGAAAACCAGGUCCACCUAUGUAGCCCCAUCUAUGCAAUGCCAUUAUGUACAGGCCAAACUCAUCUGGUUAUACGUCUUACAUUACAAUUUACUUUCACCUUUUUGUUGUACUUCAGUCAUUUUGGACCGAUUUCAUAAUUUUUCAUGGAAAUCUUUUCAAGUUAAAACCAAUAUCAGCAAGUUGUUUGUGAAUAAUUAAAAUGAAAACUUCUCGACUUCUUUUCUCUUAUGAUUCUUAUAUGAAUGGAAAUUCAUGUAAGAUUUGAAUUCAGAUGUUUUACUUAUCCAUAAGGAUUAUUUUGGUGUACAGACUUCAAUAAUUUCUUUUUGUGUCAAAGCAAACUUUUAAUUCCAUUCAACUGUUGUCUCUGGAAAUGUUCACCCUAUAGACAGCCAUCGUAUUAGAGCUUGUUAUUUUACAAGAUUUUGUGCUUGUUGAUGUAAGUUUGAGAUUAGCCGAAUUGUUUUUUUUGGAAUGAAAUGUAGCUGUUGUUAUAAGGUGUUUGUUUUUAAUGCAGGUGGCUAAGUGAUCGUCAAAUAUAAACAUGAAUUGUUUGUUUAUAGAUGAAGAUGAGUUUAUUUUGUAAAUUAGUCAUGUAAAAAGUCCUUGCUACAGUUUGUUGUAUAUAACUGAAAUUCACUUGUAUAGAGUUUAUUAUGCAAUAUGCAUGUUGCUCCUCUAUUAUGUUUGGGGUCAUUACACUGUGCAUAUUGUUGCCUACCCAUCACACGGAGUCACUGACCCGUACCACACGGACAUACCUAGCUUAGUUUUACCAGAGGAUGCCUGAAUUUCCGUCAGAAAACAAAUAUAUAUAUAUUUUCUCGGCACCUGAUAGUUAUAUUUUUCAAAAUUUAGAAUGAUUUAAUAAUUUAAACUGCAUUGGCAGCAGCCACAGGUGCCUGUGUGAUGACACGCGAGUUGUGAGCCCACUGUCCAGCUUAGCAACUCACUUUAAGGAAGCAACACACUUCAAGUUAAAGUAUAAUGAUCUUAUUAACUCACUGUAUAAAGAGAAACUCACCACUUGUCUAUUCCUAGAAUAAAAAUCAUUUAAAAGUGACUCUUAACGAGUGUGUCAUGGUAUUCCCAGCUUGUUAUUGCUAUAAGGAGUGACUCAUUAUGAGUUGAGGGAUAUUCCUACAUUGUUAGCUCCCUCUGUAAUGAGCCGUUAACAGAGUUAAGAUAUUGCCACAUGUUUAACUUACUCUUUAGAGAGUGACUGGCUUUGAGUCAUUGUAACACUACACAGUUGAGUUGCUCUAUAAUGAGUCCAGGGAUUCCCACAUUGUUAGCUCACUCUGUAAUGAGUCGUUAACAGAGUUAAGAUAUUGCCACAUGUUAAACUUGCUCUUUAGAGAGUGACUGGCUUUGAGGCAUUGUAACGCUACACAGUUGAGUUGCUCUAUAAUGAGUCCAGGGAUUCCCACAUUGAUAGCUCACUCUGUAAUGAGCCGUUAACAGAGUUAAGAUAUUGCCCCAUGUUUAACUCGCUCUUUAGAGAGUGACUGGCUUUGAGUCAUUGUAACGCUACACAGUUGAGUUGCUCUAUAAUGAGUCCAGGGAUUCCCACAUUGAUAGCUCACUCUGUAAUGAGCCGUUAACAGAGUUAAGAUAUUACCACAUGUUUAACUUGCUCUUUAGAGAGUGACUGGCUUUGAGGCAUUGUAACGCUACACAGUUGAGUUGCUCUAUAAUGAGUCCAGGGAUUCCCACAUUGAUAGCUCACUCUGUAAUGAGCCGUUAACAGAGUUAAGAUAUUACCACAUGUUUAACUUGCUCUUUAGAGAGUGACUGGCUUUGAGGCAUUGUAACGCUACACAGUUGAGUUGCUCUAUAAUGAGUCCAGGGAUUCCCACAUUGUUAGCUCACUCUGUAAUGAGCAGUUAACAGAGUUAAGAUAUUGCCACAUGUUAAACUUGCUCUUUAGAGAGUGACUGGCUUUGAGUCAUUGUAACGCUACACAGUUGAGUUGCUCUAUAAUGAGUCCAGGUAUUCCCACAUUUUUAGCUCACUCUGUAAUGAGCCGUUAACAGAGUUAAGAUAUUACCACAUGUUUAACUUGCUCUUUAGAGAGUGACUGGCUUUGAGGCAUUGUAACGCUACACAGUUGAGUUGCUCUAUAAUGAGUCCAGGUAUUCCCACAUUGUUAGCUCGAUCUGUAAUGAGCCGUUAACAGAGUUAAGAUAUUACCACAUGUUUAACUCGCUCUUUAGAGAGUGACUGGCUUUGAGUCAUUGUAAAGCUACACAGUUGAGUUGCUCUAUAAUGAGUCCAGGUAUUUCCACAUUGUUCACUCAUUGAUUCAAGUUAUUGUUGCUCUGUUGAAUUGCUCCGAGUUACACUGUAGAGCUUCUUCGAGAUCUCCCUCUCCAUGUACGGUGCAUACUUGUCUCAACAGCAGUUUUGUUGUUUCUGCUACAUUGUUGUAUGUUAAUUUGUGUAUGAAGUUGAUUUUUUAUAUUAAUAGAGGGAUUGUUUUUGUUUUCUAACAGUGUAUGUUUUUAUACAUGUAUACUGAUGCCAUGGAGAUUGAACUAUAUGUACAUAUAUUUCUUUUUGUCAAGUUCAGCCCAAUAAGCAUACCAUCAGGAAUAUUUUGAUUUUGUUUUCUUCACGAGUGCUAAAGGUACAAAAUAUAUAUUAAACCCACAAGAUGAAUAUAAUAGAAAAGGCUAAUUAAAGGGUGCUUUGAGCUUACCUGGCUGGACUGGUGGUGUGCUACACCUGCUUUAAUGUCUCUGAGCUUAUUUGUGUAGAGGUAAAUAGUUCUUGACAGUUAUUUAUGAUGAUGUUAUGUUUCAGUGUCUGGUUAACACAUUCUUGUUUAAGUUUAACAUGUUAUACUGUAUACUGAGAAAUUUUCGCCUUUUCCGCCCUCCCUGAUGAGUCGAUUAAUCAUUACUGUGAACAUAAGUACACAACAUCAUACACAUAGUAAUUACAUGUGAAGGGCGAAAUUAACACGGGGAGAAUUAUGGAUUUGAUCUACGAAGGGUGAAAGCUUGACUGGGCGACAACUUCCUGGUAUACAGUAGUACCUGAUAGUUGCCAAAAUGAGCCUUGUUUCAUAUAAUUAUGAGACAAUUAAGGGGUGUGCUGAAAGUUUCAGUUGAGUAUUCAUAUAUAUAAGUUACAUAAAAAUCGUAAAUACAAAUAAUUGAACUGAAUUUUUGAAAAAUGUAAACUUUGAAAUAUUUCAAGCAAAUAUUUUCAAUGCAUGAAUUAGUAUUUCAAGAAUUUCAGUGUCAGAAUGAGUGUGAUAUCGAGUUUAAGUCUAGUGUAUUGUGUUCUACACUUGGAACUUUUGUAUUGGAUACCGUAGCUACUGUUACAUGUUUUAAAGUUUUAUAAAAACAGUUUAUAGUAAGAUGUGAAAAAAAAGCUUUCUAAACAUGCAGUUACUUAAAGAAUGUGUGUGAGUGAAAGGUAGACAAUUUGUUUUAUAUCCAUGAAAGGUUAUUGCACUGGGUUUAGUAAAUGCUAGUUUCAACAAUGAAUGUAAAAAUAAAAUCAUUUUCAGACUUAGGAUGAAAUUAUCACUGUUGGAUAUAUGUCUUUUUCUGGGACCUAUUGAGAAGCUAGGUUUGGAAUUAAAUGAUUUUAGUAGUGAUUUAAAGUGAUCUUGUAAGAAAUGUACACAAACAUGUAUAUAUGUUUAAUAUAUAAUUUUUGGAAGUUUAACACUGCAGUGUAUAUUUAAUAACACAUAUCUAAUCUAUUAGGCAUGUAUCCUUGUACCUGUAUUACCAUACUAUACAAUAUAAACAUGACUUUUCCUGUAAUGCCUGCUUGAGAAUAAUGAAAUGGCUUGUCAGAUAGUCUGAUAUCCUCCAACUCAUAUCAGUUCUUAACUUCUGUAGAUAUUAGGUGAUACCCUAACAGGCAGGUAUAACCACUGGGAGGAUACCAGGAGUGUAUCCAGGACUUCUAAAUCCCUCCUCCAAACACAUUUUUUAAGUGAGGAGGAGAUUCACCUUACCAAAAAGUAAUUUGGGAGGCUGAAACCUCCAUGUAGAUCAAGCAAUAAUAUCAUCUUCCGGGAGAGAAGGUAUUACUAAUGGGAACACUUGAGGAUUUAUCAAAAUAUAAAACUUAUAAUAUACUCCGGCAUUACUGAUCUUUGAACGACUGCCAUUUCCAUUGUUGAUCAGGGCCAUAAACAAAUAAGGAACAUUUUUAGCCAGCGUGAUGUGUGUAUGCUUGUGGGAAUGUUUGUCUAUUGAAAGUAUGUGAUGAUUACUGAUAAAUAGGAAAAUAAAACUAUUAAAACAUCUCAGGAUAAACCAAA